AAUGCCGCAGUGAGAGGAAGUUGUCUGCGCUUACGCUGAAACACAGGGCUGUCCAUUCGAUCAGUAUAACAGUACAGGCGGAGAGAACGACGUGCACAGACGGGAGAGGAGAGACAGCAGAGGUGAGUGAAGCUGGUGAUGUGGCGCCAUCUGAACGAGAAGAUCAUGCUAAAACCAAGAAUAUUAACGACGAGAAUGGCCUCGAUGGGUUCAGAAGAAAGAGCGGAUCGCAGCUGGUGGAUAAGGGCAUCAGAGCAACUGGACAAACGAUGAUGGAGUUUCCUUCAGUGUCAUGUAUUGUAAAUGUCAUUCUGCCUAAUGUCAAGGAAUGACGAGGAAAAGAAUUUCUGCUGAGAAGUUCGCUCGAGGACUCUGCAGCAGAAGUCGAAGGAAUAGAAGACUGCUCUAACCUAUUCUGGACAGUCAAGUGGAGACGACUGCUUAUUGAGGAAGAUGGCGGCUCAGAUUUUGCUUUUGGAUUUGGAAGGAAAGAUUUGCUUGUGAUUUAUCAUUUCUGAUUUGCUGUGACAUAAGAAUUCGCAAUCUUUGUAUUUUUUCUUUUACAUGUACCUCACUAUCAUAUUUUAUUGUUUUGUUGAAACUAUGCCUGUAUUUCAGUAUGCUAUUUUGUUUUUAUGAGAAAAAUAAAAGUUUCAUGAUUGAACAUUUUCGACUUGCUCUUAUUGGAAGAAAAAAUCGUUACGUUUUUAAAGAUAUUUACAUCUUUACUGUAUACAUCCAAUCUCAACUUAUUCCGGGUUUAAUUUGUUUCCAUUUUAAUUGAACAAAACUUUCCUUGUUGCUUUGCUUCGCUACUUCAUUUAUCAACAAUUAAUUUCAAUUUUUUCGGCAAUCUAUUGGACCGUGGCGAGUCGAUGUUUAAAUUGAACCGAGGUUUAGGGCUCUUCGUUGGCUUUAGCCAAACUGGCUUGUUUUUAUCCCUACAAUAACAAGGCUUUUGCUAAUUAUUUUGGCUUAAUGGCACCAAUCAUUAAUCCGACCACUGAUUUCUUUAAAUAAAAUAGGCAGUUAAUGACCACAAAACAACCUCAAAGUAUUCGAUUCAUCUUCAAAUAUCCUGUUAACAUGAAAUACAAUUACACAUACAGAGCCAUGCGUAAAGGGUUAAAACUAAAUGGUCUAAAAUGGUGUCCAGUGUAGUCCAACACUGCAAAAUGGCUCCUCUAGCCUCAUUUCCUGUCUGUGCAGGAAGUGAAGGCUCAGAAAUGUUUCAUAAAGAAAAAGCACAAAAAGAUUUAUCUUGAUGCCCACUAGUCAGUUGUCCUAAUGCUUGUAGUGUUGUUGUAACUUUAACAUUUAAAAUAAAUGUAAAGCAGCUCGUUUAUAUUUUAAAAUAAAAGGGGUGGGACUUGGGUGCAUCACCUGAGUCCUGGGUAAAUGGAGAGAACGUCAAUCAAAGGCUAAGCUCUCAGAGCUGGGAAGGAGCUUUAGAUGGCGGAUGAACCUUGGGAAGGGGAGAGCGUUGAGCCUCGCAGGGCUCUCUAUAGGACUUGUUUCUCAACUUUGGUGAACUUUGGAUCCCUCUAGGGACUUAAUUAUUGCGCAAAUUCGUUCUUUAUUUUACGUUUCGGAAUAUGCAGGCGUUUAUGCGUAGAUUUUGUGACUUUUGCUUCGUCGAAAACCUUGUGCUGCGUGCGUAGAGUGGCCAGUCGUUGUUUUCCCUGCCUGUACUGGCAGCCAUUGCGGUCCUCCAUUUUUAGUGCGCUCUGCUGGGCUCCUCUCACACUCUCUCUCUCUAUUCAAAUAGCCAUCCUUGGAUUAUAGCAGCUAUUUUUAUUUUCCAAUAUUAUUCCGGUUUUCAUUUUCACCUGAAUUGUGGAAUAUUUUUAUUUUUUGUUCUAAUGGACUAAGUUACAAAUCGCAUUUUUUUGUCCGAUGUGAAUGUAGUGCUUCAAUCCUCCUCCUGUCAAUGGAAUAGGUAUGUUUACAUUGUUUAAUUUCUAUUGUCGAUUUCGUUGUGUUUCAUCGUGUUGUUUUAAUCGUCCUUUGUCUGAUGACGCAGUAGGAAUUUAUGUAUGUGGCUGUGUGAAUCUGUUGGCUUGAUAUGCUAUCGACACAUGGUUUUUAUGACAUCGAAUAGAAUCGAGCAGGUGUCAUUUCAUUUCCGAUGCUUUAUAACUUAAAGUAAAUACACGUUACAGUAUUUUCUUAAGUCGUUCGUGUUUUUCCUCAACGUCGAGACUUUUUGCCGUCCUUUGAAAGCGGAAUGACUCGCUUGAUGGUUCAUCCCACUUUAAACUUUUGACAGUUAUUACCUGGACAAAAGAGCAUCAUUAACAAAAAGAUCAAGACAAAAUCAUGAUGAAGAAUAAGAAUAAAAAGCAGGAAGACGAAGGCUCGACCCAAAGCAAUGCUUCCAGCAUCUCAGCGUCAGAGGAAUCAAACCGCACUGGGUCAGAGUCUGGGAGUCAGUCGGAGAGUGAGCAAGGAAGUGAUAGGCCUCGUUCCCGGCGUUCCGUGUCCAACUGUACCUCAGAUUCGGAGAGCCACUCCGAGUCGGAGAGUGAAUCCACUGGGUCCAAGUCUCGCCAGUCUUCAGCACAGGGCAAAGACAAACCAGUCAAAAAGAAAGACAACCUGGCAGAUGUGAAGAAGAUGUGGGAAGAACAUCCAGAUAUGUAUGGUGUUAGAAGAUCCAGUCGCAGCAGACAAGAGCCUGCCCGCCUCAACAUUGGAGCUGAGGGCAGCAGUGGUUCAGAAAGUGAAAGUCCCAAAAGGAAAGGCUCACGACAGAAAAAGAAAGAACCACAGACCAAGUCAUCUGCAGGCAAGCAGUCACAAAAAGCACGAAAACAGAGGAAACAAGAAUCUUCCGAAGAAGAAGAUGAUGACGAUGAUGAUGACGAUGAUGAUGAUGAGGAGGAUACUCCAAAAAGACAAACAAGGCGCAGAGCAGCAACUAAAGUCAGUUACAAGGAGGAUCAGAAUGAUGUUGAGACGGACUCGGAUGAUCUCAUUGAAAUGGCAGAAGGUGCUGAGGAGCAACAGGACGAUGACAGUGAGACCAUUGAGAAGAUUCUUGAGACCAGGAUAGGAAAGAAAGGAGCUACUGGGGCUUCCACAACCUUUUAUGCUGUUGAGGAAAACGGAGACCCUGGAGCAGACUUUGACCCCGAGAAAGAGGAAGGGGAAACUCAGUUCCUCAUCAAGUGGAAAGGCUGGUCCUACAUCCACAACACUUGGGAAAGUGUGGACUUUCUCACGCAGCAGAAGGUCAAAGGGAUAAAGAAGCUAGACAACUUCAAGAGGAAAAACGAAGAGCUUAAUUCUUGGAUGAAAAGAGCUUCACCUGAGGAUUUAGAGUAUUACAACUGCCAGCAAGAACUAACUAAUGACCUGAGCAGGCAAUUCCAAAUUGUAGAGAGGGUGAUUGCCACAAGAACAGGAAAAUCACAAGGACCCUCAGAUUUUUCACCCCAAAAAAGCACUUCCGGUGAGCCCGAGUACUUGUGUAAGUGGAUGGGACUGCCCUAUGCCGAGUGCACCUGGGAGGAUGGAGCAUUAAUUACAAAGAAAUUCCAGGCUUGCGUUGAUAGUUUCCAAACCAGGAAUGCCUGUAAGACCAUCCCUUCCAAAGACUGUAAGGUUUUGAAACAGAGGCCAAGGUUUUUACCUCUGAAGAAACAGCCUACUUACAUUGGAAAUGAAAACCUUGAACUCAGGGAUUACCAGUUAGAUGGAGUUAACUGGCUCGGCCAUUCCUGGUGCAGGUGUAACAGUGUUAUCUUGGCUGAUGAAAUGGGUCUUGGUAAGACCAUUCAGACCAUCUCCUUCCUGUCUUACCUUUUCCAUCAACAUCAGCUUUAUGGGCCCUUCCUGGUGGUGGUUCCCCUGUCAACUCUCACCUCCUGGCAGAGGGAGUUUGAUAUCUGGGCACCUGAUAUGAAUGUAGUUGUCUACCUGGGAGAUGUCUCAAGCAGAAAGACAAUCCGUGAAUACGAAUGGAUCCAUCAGCAGACAAAAAGAAUCAAGUUCAAUGCACUUUUGACCACGUAUGAAAUUCUACUGAAGGAUAAGGGAGUGUUGGGGAAUAUAAACUGGGCCUUUCUGGGAGUUGAUGAAGCUCACCGGCUUAAGAAUGAUGACUCGCUUCUGUACAAAACUCUGAUCGACUUCAGAUCCAAUCACAGGCUGCUCAUCACAGGGACUCCGUUGCAGAACUCACUCAAGGAGCUGUGGUCCCUUUUGCACUUUCUGAUGCCUGAAAAGUUUGAGUCCUGGGAGGAUUUUGAGGAUGAGCAUGGUAAAGGCAGGGACAACGGCUAUCAGAGCCUGCACAAAGUUCUGGAGCCUUUCCUGCUGCGGCGUGUCAAGAAAGACGUCGAGAAAUCCCUGCCUGCUAAAGUGGAGCAAAUCCUCCGAGUUGACAUGUCCGCCCAGCAGAAACAGUUCUACAAGUGGAUCCUAACAAGAAACUACAGAGCUUUGUCUAAGGGCAACCGGGGCAGCUCCUCUGGCUUUCUUAACAUCGUGAUGGAGCUGAAGAAAUGCUGUAAUCAUGGUUUCCUCAUCAAACACCCGGAAGACAGUGAGACUGAAACGGCACAAGAGCGGCUGCAGGCUGUGGUGCGUGGCAGUGGGAAGCUGGUUCUUCUGGAUAAGCUGCUCACACGACUGAAGGAGAGAGGAAACCGUGUUCUCAUAUUCUCGCAGAUGGUCCGCAUGUUGGACAUACUUGCAGAUUACCUGUCUUUCAAACGAUAUCAAUUCCAGCGUUUGGACGGCUCUAUCAAGGGAGAGAUCAGAAAGCAAGCAUUGGAUCACUUUAAUGCUGAAGGCUCUGAGGACUUCUGUUUUCUGCUGUCCACACGUGCAGGAGGGCUUGGAAUUAACCUGGCCUCUGCCGACACGGUGGUCAUCUUUGACUCAGACUGGAAUCCACAGAAUGAUCUUCAGGCCCAGGCCAGAGCCCACAGGAUUGGCCAGAAGAAACAAGUGAAUAUCUAUCGUCUGGUCACCAAAGGCACGGUGGAAGAGGACAUUAUAGAAAGGGCAAAAAAGAAGAUGGUUCUUGACCAUCUCGUCAUUCAGAGAAUGGACACCACUGGGCGAACCGUACUGGAUAAUAACUCUGGAAAUUCAAACUCAAACCCCUUCAAUAAAGAAGAGUUGACAGCCAUCUUAAAGUUUGGAGCAGAGGAUUUGUUCAAAGAAGCUGAGGGAGAGGAAUCAGAACCACAGGAAAUGGACAUCGAUGAGAUUUUGCGGCUUGCUGAAACAAGAGAGAGUGACCAGGGAUUAGGGAGUGCCACAGAUGAGCUUCUGUCACAGUUCAAGGUGGCAAACUUCACCAUGGAUGAAAGCACUCCAGAGCUUGAGGGGAAGCCUGUGCGAGACUGGGAUGACAUCAUUCCUGAAGACCAGCGAAAGAAGGCGGAGGAGGAACAGAAACAGAAAGAAAUGGAAGACAUCUACAUGCUGCCCAGAAGUAGGAGCUCCAACAAGAGGGCACAAGCUAAUGACAGUGACAGUGAUGUGGGAUCAAAACUGAAGCAGAGAACCUCAGGGUCUGACAGCGAAUCAGAUGACAGCGGGGAUGACAAACGGCCCAAGCGUAGAGGCAGGCCGAGAGCUCGCAAAAACAACGUCGAGGGAUUUACAGACGCUGAGAUCCGCAGGUUCAUAAAGGCAUACAAGAAAUUUGGAGCACCGCUUGAGAAGUUGGAGGCGAUUGCCCGUGACUCUGAGCUGGUAGAUAAAUCCAUAGCAGACCUGAAGCGAUUGGGAGAACUGCUGCACAACAGCUGUGUGACUGCAGUACAAGAGCACGAGGAACACAUGAAGGAAAACCCUGUGGAAGCUAAAGGACCUGGGAAAAGACGAGGCAUCAACAUCAAGAUCUCUGGGGUUCAGGUCAAUGCAAAGUCCAUUAUCCAGCAUGAGGAAGAUUUAGAGCCGCUCCAUAAAUCUGUGCCUUCAAACCCUGCGGAAAGGAGCAAAUUUCAGCUGACCUGUCGGGUGAAAACACCUCAUUUUGAUGUGGACUGGGAUAUUAAUGACGACACUCAGCUGUUAUUGGGCAUCUUCGAGCACGGCUACAGCAACUGGGACCUGAUUAAGACCGACCCUGAUCUCAAACUCUCAGAGAAGAUUCUUCCAGAUGACCCUAACAAGAAACCUCAGGCAAAGCAGUUGCAGAUGCGAGCGGACUACUUGCUCAAGAUGCUGAAGAAAGAACAGGAAAACCAAGAUACAGUAAAAGCAGGAGAUGAGACCAAAGCCAAAAAGAGGAAACCUCGAACGAAAAAAAAGGCCCCAAACAACGAUCUGGCUAAUGAGAUUUCCUCUCCUCGUCUCUCUGACAACCCAUCAGAGGAGGGAGAAGUGAAGGACGACGGAGCAGAAAAAUCACCCACAAAGAAGAAACAGAAAAAGGAUAACAAAGAGAACAAAGAAAAAACAGGAACUCCUAAAAAAGAAAAGGAGGGGGAGAAGGACAAAAAGCGCUGCAAGUCCAAAAAAGAGAAGGCCAAACCAGGAGGCAAAGGGAAGAAGUCUCAGGGUCCAGUGCACAUCACUGCUGGAAACGACCCUAUACCAAUUGGAGAGGAAGACGAUGAGUUGGAUCAGGAAACAUUCAGCAUUUGUAAGGAGAGGAUGAGGCCAGUGAAGAAAGCUCUGAAGCAGUUGGAUAAACCAGAUGAGGGUCUGUCAGUACAGGAACAGCUGCAGCACACUCGUACCUGCCUGCUGAAGAUUGGAGACCGCAUCACAGAGUGCCUCAAAUCAUACAGCGACCCCGAGCACGUCAAGACGUGGCGCAGAAACCUCUGGAUUUUCGUGUCCAAAUUUACUGAGUUCGGGGCUCGGAAGCUGCAUAAGCUGUAUAAGAUGGCUCAAAAGAAGCGCUCGCAAGAGGAAGAGAAGGAUCAAAAGAAAAAGGACGAUCCUUCCAAGAAGAAGCCCUUUCGACCUGAGCCAUCAGGGUCAAGCCGGGAUUCAACAGGCACUCACCCUUCAGCCAAUCACCAGCCUGGACCUCCUCCCACUCAUGUCCAUCACAGAGAGCCAUACAACCAACCAAAUAAAAGGCCUUUCCCUAAUGAUGACAGGGGAGAUUGGCAAAGGGACCGUAAAUAUGGCUACCCAGGUAACAGCAGUCAACCCUGGCAAGGGGAUCGGCAUCACCCAUACGACGCUCACAGGUACAGGGACCAUUAUGGCGAUCGCCGGCCUCACAAUGAUUACCGUAGCUCAGGGAGCUACCGUAGCAGCGGUUCACCUCGCAAACGUCCCUAUGACCAAUAUGGUAAUGACAGAGAUCAUCGGGGCCACAGGGACUAUUAUGACCGACAUCCAGACCCCAAGAGGAGGCGCUCGGAUGAAUACCGUUCCCCGAAUUACCAUCAAGGGGGAGGAGGGCAUCCACAGGACUUCAGGAGGUUGCCUGAUCACAGGGGACCGAUUGGGAAUCACGGUCCUGCGGGGCCCGAUCACUACCGCCCCUCUCACCCAGACAAACCCCCACCCCAGAUUGAUCCUCGUUCCCCUCAAGCCCAGAAAUCCCCUCUCGAACCAAUCUCACCAGCAGAAAGAACUGGUGAGCAGAAAUCUGUGACAGACUUCAACUGGAACAGCAGGAAAACGUGAAGUAAAUAUUUGGCCAGAGCAGAGACCACCGGUGCUGCCACUUGGCAGAAAGGCCAUCGUCUGUGCCACCCAGUAAAUGGAGGAGACAUAACCAGGUCCAAAUUUUGGAGCUCUGCCUAUCAACUUUCUCACUGUCUUCUAGGUUUCAGCAGGCAGGUUAGGUCUGCCAUUUUGUUGACUGUGGAUAAUGAACAAAUAAGGCAUGGUUAGUCCUGUGGACUAUGAUGUAAUUGAGUGUCGAAGUAUGCCUAAGAUGGAAGUGCCUCAUGUAUUUUGUUGUUUGUUGAUUCAUCGGCAAAAAGGGUGUAUCCCAGAAGCAAACCUUUAUUUGAUUUUCAUGUCUUUUGUUUUGUGAACUUUCAUUUGUGCAAAAAAAAUUGUUCAAGAAAGUAGCCUUUUGUAGGGAAAAUAGUUUUAAUUGCACCUUCCGAUGUUUAGUCAUCGUUCUGUUGAGCUAUUUAAAACAUGUAGGAUAUGUUUGCCCUGUUUCCGGUCAUCAAACAUGAUUUUGAAGACAACAAAUCGGACUCCGGUAAUAUAAAUUCUGUAUUUGUGAUGUAGCAGAAUGAACAUUUGCUCAAUUUAUUGAAUUGAAUAUGUGUGCAGGUCCUCUUUUUGUAAUGCAAUGCACAAAGACCCUGUCGGAGGACAGUAGCCUUAUAAAGAAAAUUAGGCUGAACAGUAUUCAGGGUCGAUGAAGAGCUGUUUGUCAGAACACUAGAUAAUCAUAACAUGUAAGCUAUCGUUGUCUUAUUUUCUGUAACACAUGUCACCACCUGAAUCCACUUUCUGGUCAGUUGUCGUAUAAAUCGGUACUGUAGCAUCUUUGUAUUGCACUAAAGGACAGUACUCGCUUGUUUAUGAAUAUGUAGUAAUGAUAGACAUUACCUGAAUUAAUUUUCCUCUCAAGUUCUUUUCCUGGGUUGAAUAUUCUAACAAUGCCGAUCUUUUUGACCUUCAAGUGGAAAUAUGAUUACUGUGUGUAUGGAAAGAUGCGUGUUGAUUGAGUGACUGGGUGUCACAAGCUAUUUCGUGCCAAACAUUCUCAGACUGGCAUGCUGAUAAAUACCAUUCAUUGAUCGUCUGUGUUGUGUUUCUCCAUCUGUGCCUUAAUCUUGUGUAGACUGAAACACCAGUUUGGUAUAAGGAUGUAUGAGAUGCAGUAUUAUUCUGUUGUGUAUUUAAAACAUUUGCCAGGAUGGAGUUUUAAUGAAAUGCAUGUUAAGACAGCUCUGUUGGGUGGGGAACAAUUUGGUGCGCUGAAAUCCAAAAGAUCAUGGUGAAGUGAGUGAGAAGUGGGCUCUGAAAUACUGAAGAUGUUCCUCCUUUUCCCAAUCAAGGUCCUGCUCACACUCCACAGAUGUGUGUUAAGCUUCGAGAUAAGCCAAUUUAAAUAAUUUAUAUUUGUGAAAGCCACUGUUCAGAUUAAUUGUACUGUACAUAAUGUUUAUAGACCUAUAUGUAUUAAACUUUCCUACAUCA